GAGAAGCCUUUCAGGUGCUUGGAAUGUGGGAAGAGCUUCAGGCAGAGCAACCACCUCUUCAGCCACCAGCGCAUCCACACUGGGGAACGGCCCUACACGUGUGGGGAAUGUGGGAAGAGCUUCAGGCAGAGCUCCACCCUGAUCCAACACCAGCGCAUCCACACUGGGGAGAGGCCCUACACGUGUGGGGAAUGUGGGAAGAGCUUCGGGGACAACUCCAACCUGAUCAAACACAAGCGUACCCACACUGGGGAAAGACCCUUCAAGCCCUUCCGCUGCACCGACUGCGGGAAGGGCUUCAGCUACAACUCCCACCUCGUCACCCACCGGCGCAUCCACACAGGGGAGAGGCUCUACAAGUGUGGGGAGUGUGGGAAGAGCUUCACCCGGAGCUCCCACUUGACCAAACACCAACGGACCCACCAGUAA